CGCAGUACAACAAUUGGACGGGAUUUUACGAGAAAAUUCGUGACAGGAUCAAAUCGUUUCCCCAAUCCCGCUGUACCCUAGUGUCCGAUUGCAUCGAUUUAGUCAAACCAGGAUCGAGAAAUGUAUUCAUCGAUGCGGAGGCGUAUCAAAUGGACGCCACAAGAGAAAAUUUUGAAAAGACCGGUAAAUGCAGUCUGCAGAUUGCCAGGGAUAGCUAUCUCACUAUUUUUGCAGUAAUGGCUCUAAAGAAAAACAGUCCCUACACCAAUGCUAUUAACUUGGGGCUGAUGGAACUACUGCAAAGUGGACUGAUUGACUACUGGGAAUUACGGUUCCGCCCGAUGCCCCGUCAGUGUAAAGGCAAAAUCAAAAAUGGAUACACUCCACCGAACAACAAUAAGCAUCCACCACUUUCCCUGAAGAAUUUGACUGCCGCUUUUAUUGUCCUUUCGGUUGGAUUAAGUCUUUCCGUUUUGGCCUUCCUCUGCGAGAAAAUCCUUUUCGUGACACACAGUCACAGUCAUCAAACAUCCAAGAAAAAAUUGUCCCACAAAAUCGUUGGGGAAAAGGCUUAAAUAAUCGAACAAACAUUUAACAUUAGUUAGUGCAUGCCCGAUCACACCUUUAUCACAAUUUAGCAUUUAAGCUAGUAAUACUUGUCUAACGUGUGUCGUAUAUUAUUCGUAUUUUUCAUUAGAAUUUCACACACAUGCAAGUCCCUUUUACCAGUUCCACCGAUGUAACCAUAACAAAUAUUCACUGCACAACAAUUAGUUAAUCAAUUUAGGCAAUGUUUUAAUGUUCAAAAUUUCUUUGCGAAGCAAAUCAGUCGGCCAUUUUCUGUUUAAAGGAGGAGUGAGGGUGAGAAAACAAACGAGAAACGAUCCAAGAUGGCCGCCAACCCUUUUCGCAAAUCAAAACAAGAGAGUUAGAGACAAUUCAGUUUAGUCUUUGUUGACACUUGUUGGAAAUCGGUCGCACGUUUGUGUCACUCGGCUUUAUAAUUCAAGAACCUCGUGACGUAAAAUGUAUUGACCAUCAUUGCUGUGAUUUCCUACCUUUGCUUGAUGUAGUUUUUGGAUAGGCGAUAUGAAAGUAAUUUCAUAAUAAAGUUCAACGGAAUGAGCCAGCACCCACCCCCAGAAACCAAAUGGCAAGUGAUGCACUGAUGCUAAAUUCAGUUCGAUCCAUAUAAUUAAAAUUCUCGCAUUACAUAAUGUUUAAUUUUAUAUACGUGUAUUAGUGCAAUCAGCUUGUAAUUUAUAACUGUAGUUCUACAGUCUACCCAUUAUUAACUGUUUGGUUUCGGUAAUGUUGAAUGACUAUUCAGGACCUCUGAUCAUGUUCACUAUUUAAUAACCUACUUUUUCAAAAUUUCAAUUUGUUUAUUGAGAGCAUGACGGUCCAUGGUUUCUAUUGAUGGCAUAGUUCUGCUCAUAUUUGUGAAUCUGAAUAAAUUCGAAUAAAAUCAAUGUCUAAAGGACAUGCAAUAUGCACAGAUAAAUGUUAUACAGUUACAAUCCAUUCUACAGCUGGUGAUUGUUUAGACAAUCUAAGUUUAGACCUACUGACUGGUGCAUGAGUCGAGAAAACGACGAGCUCAUUCUGAAUUCACAGAGGUGACAUGGUGUCAACUUCAACGUAAAAGCGAAAAUGUUUGGUGAAUAUUCAGCAAAUUUCAAACAACAGAAACGGUAUUUAAAUCACCUGGACUACCUCAAAACCUCAAGAAGAUAUCCUGAGACUUGUUCUGUUGGUCUUUAGCUGGUAUAUAGCGAUCUUAUUUUUGUCGUUUUAGACAGCAGUAUCUGGCUAAUAUGUCACUGAAUGCGCUCAAUGGCCAACACCUCCGCAUUAUCUGGCCUCGUUGGGAAGGAAACCCAAAAGGACUUUCGGGCGCGCUUAAAGGUGGUGUCAUCAUUGAUUGCUUGGCAGCCCGCUUCAAAUUCAGUUACGAAAUGGUCAGAGUCACUGAGAAUAGAUUAGAGCCGCAAGGAAAGGAACGAGGACUAUUCAGCUAUCUGUUCGAUAAACAAAGCGACUGGAUAGUUUCUGGUGUUCAUUCGACAUUUCAGCGCAAUGAAAUUGUUGAUCAGACAACACCCUGGGAUUUUGCUAAACUCGGACUACUUAUUCCUGUCCAAGACGAAACGGCCAACAUCAACGCAGUCGUCAAACCUUUUCAAUGGCCGGUUUGGAUAGGACUAAUCAUUUCAAUCCUGUGUGUUAUCGUCGUUUUAAAUCUAAUGCAUCGGUAUCUUGAAUAUCGCUCUCAAUUUGAAACAAGCGAUCACGAAGAACGACUAAAGAAUGGCAAUCAAACAAACCGAGAAAAUCGUAUGGUUCUGAAAAGUCAAGCCGGGAAAGAAUACCUUUACGUUUUUGGCAAUUUAUUGUCACAAGGUGGCCCUUACUCAUCAAAACGUUUACCAUUUCGUCUUGUCGCUGGCGUUUGGGUUCUGGCCGCUUUCAUCUUUGUCCAGGCUUACACUUCGUUAUUAUUCACCUACGUCGUGGCCCCAGUUAAUCAGCCGCUCAUUAAUUCCAUCUACGAUAUCGCCGAUAGUAGUGACAUCAAUGUACUUGUCAAAAUAGCAGGAACUCCGGAGACCCUUUUCAUGAACAACAACUGGACGGGAUUUUACGAGAAAAUUCGCGACAGGAUCAAAUCAUUUCCUCAGUCCAGGUGCACCCUGGUGUCCGAUUGCAUCAAUUUAGUCAAACCAGGAUCGAGAAAUGUCUUCAUCGAUGCGGAGCCGUACCAAUUGGAUGCCAUAAGAGAAAAUUUUGAAAAAACUGGUAAAUGCAGCUUGCAGAUUGCCAGGGAUCGCUACCUCACUCUUUUUGUUGUUAUGGCCCUGCAGAAAAAGAGUCCCUACACCAAUACUAUUAACAUAGGGCUGAUGGAACUACUGCAAAGUGGACUGAUCGACUACUGGGACACCUGGUUCCGCCCUAUGCCCCUUCAAUGUAAAGGCAAAAUCCAGUACGGAUACACUCCACCGAAUAACAAUGAACAUCCACCGCUUUCCCUGAAGAAUUUGACCGGCGCUUUUAUUAUCCUUUCAGUUGGCUUAAGUCUUUCUCUUUUGGCCUUCCUCUGCGAGAAAAUCCUUUUCCUGUUUAAACGUAACUGCCAUCAGCUGCAUUAAAAUCUGCCGGAGAAGAGACUGAUUAAUUGAGUCCCACAAUCCCCACUUAAAGUCAAUUCGUCACCAUAUCGUCACUGAAGCAAACUAAUAUUUGUUAUUGCAUACCCAAUCAGAUCUUACACUACAAUGUAUCUUAGAAAUUAGAAUGCUAUUUACUUCUCUUUUAGUUCCUUACUUAAUCGUAUGCUGCUGCUGCUGUUGAAAUAAUUGUUAAAACUAUCCACAUAAUUGUGCUAGUUUGUGCACUUGUCAAAAUUGUACUCCAUGUUGUAGGAAUUUUGUCAGUAUAUAUUUAUUACAUGGCCAUUUAUUUACUGGA